UGUUGCAAGCAACACCAGAAACUUCAGUUCGACUGUCGUUACAUCUCCCAUUUGCCCACAGAGCUGAAGCUUAUCUCAGUGGACAAGACAUCGAUGGAUAUUCAGGUUAUACUGAGUGUAGCGCUGACGCUUCUGUCAACACAAGCACAUAAGUGCAAGGAGGACCAACAGUGCUCUAACUGCGCAAGGUCAACACAAUACUGCAGUACAGAUUGCUUUUCGGGGUAUUUUGGCCUAAAAUGCAAGUCCCGUUGCAGCAAACAAUGCAUAAACAGUAAAUGUGGUCAGACACUGAAGGGCACUUAUAGUUGCUCUGAAGGUUGUGUACCUGGUUUCUAUGGUUCUCGAUGCAAUGUCCCGUGCACACUUCAGAAGAACAGAUGCACAAAAUGUCCUCAAGGAUGUGAUGGAACGUUCUGCCAUCUGGCAUUAUCUUGUGUUUCUGGAUGUCAAGACCAAUACUAUGGGUCCAACUGCAAGAAUUGUUCACCCAGAUGUCGACAAUGUAACAGGAUAACUGGCAGAUGUGUUAAGUGUCAUCAUCCAUAUCAUGGCCUGGACUGUGAAUACUCAUGUGAACAUUGUUCAACAACUGAUUGUGUACAAACAUGCGCACCUGGGUUGUAUGGAAGUACAUGUUCCAAGAGAUGCAGCCAACACUGCCAAGCUUACCCCUGGAAACAGCAGCACUUUGACAAGUAAUAGUUCCACCUCGUGCAUAUCUGAAUGUCAAAGAUAUAGUGGCGAGUGUAUCAAUGGUUGUGCAGAUGACUGGUCUGGCCCACGCUGUUCCUCGCCAAUUAAAUGUAACACAAACUGUUUGAGUUGCAAUGAGACUGGUGCCUGUGUUGAAGGAUGCAUGUCUGGUUACUAUGGAGCUGACUGUAAGCCUUGUCCAAGGACCUGUUUUAAUUACACCUGCUACCCAAACAACGGAUCUUGUGACAAUGGAUGUACCAAAGGACAAUAUGGAGAAUCCUGUCAACUCCCUUGCAUAAACUGUAUGGGAGGUGCUUGUCAUCCUAGUACUGGGAUAUGUAUUCAAGGAAGCACCGUGCAUGUUAUUGGACUAGGACUAUCGACAGGAUGUGUACUUCUUAUAGUUGGUAUAGUUUGUAUAUUUGUGUUUCAUUUUCGUCGUCGCCGCCAAACUACCGAAAGGGAUCACCAAAGAAAUGAGUCGAUACAUACAGAGAGAUCAGGGCAACUGGAAACAGGAGCGUACUACCCAGUGCAUCGGUACAGGGAUAUAGAUGAUUAUGAUGAAGUAUCUCAGCAGAAAGGGCAGCAAGAAGGACUGGUAGAAGAAGAAGAUUACGAUGAAGUCUCUCAGCAGCAAGGGCAGCAAGAACGACCGGUAGAGGAAGAAGAUUACGAGGAAGUAUCUCAGCGGCAAGGGCAGCAAAAAGGACCGGUAGAGGAAGAAUACAACAGUGACCCUGCACUUCCUGCUUUGGCCGGCUACUUUCCUGGGCCACAUGACAGUGAAUAUGAUGAUGGUAUUCCUGUACUACCUGUGUUGGCGGAUUACUUUCCCGGGUCCCAGGACGCAGAAGACAACAAUGGUGUCGACACGUCACCUAGUUCAGCGAGUGGGUCCAAGUCAUACACCCGCUUAAUGAGGGAUGUGUUUGUUGAUGGUCCGAGGACUGUAGUCACGUAUAUAUCACCAACUGAAGAUAACACCUAAAGUAGCAAUGGAAGAUACUUAAUUACUCAAAUACCGAUACAUAUAUCACUUUGAAAGUACGCGAUGCGUUAACGUAGUUUUUAAACCGUAUUCUUGCAGAAAUCAGUCAUCUCUGUUUGGUGAUCGGCCGUUGGACGACCGUCAUUUGUGGGGCUUUCAGUACCCUUCAUGAUUAUAAUUUGUAAAUUUUCUUCUCUAGCUUUUUCUUCUUGGAUUUUAGUAUGCUAUCGCCUUUGUUUUUUAAAACGCGUUCACCGUUAAACGUGUUUAUGUAACUUUGAUGUUCAUUCGACAAUGGGAUUAGUUUGUUCAGUAUAGAAAUUUCUCAUGCAUUCAUUGUGAUCUGUGGCGCCCUAUGAAUUGUACAUAUCUGGCUGUAAAGGUGGUUCAGUGAGGGGGCGUAUGCUUAAUCCUUCGCUUUAAUACCUAAAUCUCAGAUAUUGGUUCGGAAAUUAGUUUACUACUCGUGUUAUCCGGAUAGUUCACACCGAUGUGUUAGGGGUUUGUCGAUAUUAUGCAUUUGUUAGUGAUCAGACACUUUUGAGUUCCUUUUGUCAACUAAAUCACCCGACGAUAUAAAUCUAUAAAUUUUGAGUAUGUUA